AUGACAGUUGCAGAAAUUACGCGUUUUUUAUAUGGCACGCUCUACCAGGGCGUCCUCCUGUUGUCGAUUCCGCUAGCAUUUGAUGUUGGCGGCGAAGACUGCGGUAUCUCGUAUACCCUUUUGCUAAUUAUUUGGUAUGCCUCUAUGGCGACAAUCAGAAUUGUUCUUCGGGGGACGCGUCUGCACACCUUGGGAUCAGCAAUGUACUAUCUGUCCAUUCUGGUACUACCGUCACUGCUGCUGCUGCAUAUGAGCUUUUUCCCCCAGCUCAUCGAGAACCCGCUGUAUCAGAAAGUCAUGUAUCCGUGGAAAAUGACACUGGUUUACGCCACAGGACCCUUUGCGUUGCUGGAGGGUUUUUGCACCAUUGUCACGAUACAGGUGAUCAGCCGACUUGCCAGGAACUUGGCACGCCGUUCUGAUGUGGUGUCGAUCUGGCAAUUAUGCAUAGCGUCGCUUUUGAUUUCCUUGGACUUAUUUUUCUUGGCUAGAAUAUACACCAUGCCGUCCGUCGUGGGUGCGUUGACCGCAACCUUGAUUGGCGCAGCAAUAACCGUGUGUAUCUCGCUCAGCGUUUAUGGUAUUUGGACAAAGAAGAGCAAUGCGACAGAAACUAGCCUGUUGUUUUCUUACAUUGUCUAUGUUAUUUAUCUGACCUUCACUGACUUUCAGGCGUCCGAUGCUCCUCUGUCGCUGUUCCCAUUUGGAAACCAGGCCAAAGAGGGAGCAACCCAAUCAAACACGUUGUUUUCGUCGGCACCGACCCUUGCUGUCAUUUUUUCGCAAGUGGGACUGAAACUCGGCAACUCUGUUCCCCCUCGGCAGGGCCAGCAUCUGUUUGAUCAAGACCUCCCCCCCUUACCGUUGCACUUGAUCAACAGCUACACUGGGUUUAUGACGACACUGGCAGAGCUGGCUCCAACAGGUCUUCGAACCCUUUCGCAGUUUGUAUUGGUGCUGCUUUCUACUAUUACUCCGUCAGUCGUUGUUUCGCUGGUGGUGCGCCUUGCUGCGUUCUUUUUAGCGUUACGCAUUAUUCCUUAUAUUAGGGACCCCAGCCAUCAGAGACCAAGGUGGAGAUACAAUCCGGUGAUGUUCUUGAUCUACUCGUACUCGCCGUGCAUCGUAAUUGCAGUCUACACCCAUUUGUUAGUGCAGCAUUUCGGGGGUAUUGUUCACGUUGCCAAGAACACCGAGGCAGCUCCCUUUUCAGCAGUAUUCUCCACCUGGAAUAUCUGGUAUAAUUCACGGUUGUCGUGGCAGUUCUGGGGGUGGAUCAAUGUGUUUACAACGCUCACUGUGUAUGGCCUGGAACUGAUUCAUGGAAAUAAUGAUUUUGAGUAG